AUGGAGUCACAAAAGCAAAACGAAUUGUCUGACGAGGAUAUUCCAAGUGAUUUUUUUGAUGACUUUAGUAAAGAUGAGUUUAUAGAAGGUCUCAGUGUAAUAGAUAGCUGGGAUGUUGAAGAAGGGGUCCAGAAGCGUAGUUCCCGAAGUCGCAUUGACGCUGUAGCACUUGAUGGCGUUAGAGAUCUACGGGAGCUCAUCAGGGAUGGAAGAAAUGAAACAGAAAGUCGUCGUCAAGAAAAAUACGAAGAUCGAUACAAACGGAGGCGAUAUGAGCGUGAUUCUUCGUUUAAAAGGCAUUCCAGCGGCAAGCGGCGUGAAAGUAAUUCAAGUCAAUUAGAUAAUUACAUUAAACCUGGUAGUCGUCGAGACCUUCGCAAAACUAAUGAAGCAAUUAGGAAAGACAAGCAGGUGAAAGUAAAAGAAUACCUAAGCAAACAUUUGGAUUCAAUUGAUGAUCUUAAACCUCCUGGAACGGAACUUGAUGAUUUUCUUAAUGAACCAACAAUUACUACCAAAAAAAGAAAUAUAUCAAGUAGUCCAGUAGCACACUAUUCAAAACAGCCAUCAAUAGAAAUUAAAUAUAGAGAAUCACCGAGACGACCCUAUCAGCAUAAGGAAAGACGCAGCAUUUACCGCAGUCCUCGACGCAUCAAUUAUAUCAAUCAUCAUCACUCUCGUUAUAGCCCACACCAUAAGCCUCGUCAUUUUAGUCCCAGUUGGAGACCAAGAAGACACUAUAGCCCAGGCUUCAGUGCAAGACGUAGUAGUAGACCUCGAUAUAGCCCUGUACAACGGAGUCCAUCUCGACACAGCCCACUCGAACAUAGGAGAGAUGAGAGAUUUCAUUCACCAUCACCUAUGGCAUAUUCCUAUACUGAGAGGGACUCUCCGUCAGUUCAACAGAAAGAUACCUUUCUAUACCCAAAUGAACAUCACUCUUCAAAUCAAGCUCUGCCAAUCUCAAACCAAUACCAAACUGGACAAGCUGAGUUUUAUUCAAACCCUGGCUUAAAUGCAUAUCCUGGAGCACCACAGUAUUCAUAUUCUCAAUGUGAACCUUAUGUUGGUUAUAAUGCUUCAUAUGAAUAUGGAGCACCACCCAACAUAGGCUUGGUGCAGGCUGUCUCUGCACCAGUUGUGAACUCAGCUCCAUCCAUGGUUCCUCCACCUCUGCAAAGUACUCCUGCAAAUCCUGCUGUUAUUGCUGCAGUUUUAGAUCCACCAACUCCACAGGAAAAACCAUUUGAUGCUUUAGCAAAAUUGGUUGUGGAAGGCAAGAUUUCUAAAGAAGAUUAUCUCAAACUGGCACCAAAUAAAGGUACAAUUAUUGACAAUGCUGCAGACACGCAUGUGAGAGUUAAGGUGUUAAAUCGCUGCCAUGAAGCAUUGAAUAAACUUAGUAAAUUAGAGUUGCCCAAUCGUUUGUUAAUAAACAAUGCACUCAUCGGCCCCGAAACCAAGAGUAUUGCGCCCAAAUAUUGUUCUCCGUUAAAGAGGCAAGCUGCAGUAGAUUUUUACUUCACAAAAGCAAGUGGUAAAGUGGAAACUGUGCACCAAAAUCAACAACUAAUCGACAGCAUAAUUUCAACGUUAGGACUUAACGAUAUAGUCUCACGGUCAUCAAAGAAAAAUCGAAAGGGUAUGAAGGAUGCAGCAGUACAAACAAUGAAACCAUUUUGUGAAGUUUGCCAGAUUCGCGAAUCUACUCAAUCUUAUGAGAUAGGGACGUGUAUCGACCGCCAGGAUUUCACCACCACAGUUCACACUCAAGUUUUGGAACAAGAUUUGAUUAGUUCUAAGGCGAUUUUCAACCCGAGUGGAAGCGUUUCGGACAGUGCCCCAAUUUCAAUUGCGCACCUCACUCCUGCACAACUGGUUUCGCAACUAGCGGCGCGUGCGAAGACCCUGAAACAAUCUGAAGUUACACACCAUUCGCAAUUUUAUAGGAAUCCUGGAAACAGCUAUGACUACGAUGGACGUGGAAACGGGAACCAAUAUAAUUAUAGCUAUCGUUAUUAA